AUGGCAAACCACAGGAUCUCUCUGCCUCUCCUGUUUCUACUGCUUUCUCUCUCUGCCAAUCAUUACUCAACUACUGCAGAAGCAAGAACACUUCCCUUCUCAUCUACUCACCUCGGAUCUUCAAAGAUUUUUGCAACUCUGGGAGUCAUUUGUAAGUGCUGCGACAAUAGAGAGGGUGAGAAUGGUGAAUGCGCAAGCUCCUGGGAAGGGUCCUGUAGCGAUGUCCAGUGCCUUCCCUGGAGAAGUGGGAAGCAGCUUUCUCUGCCAACAGCCGGCUAA